AUUAACGUGCAGGUUAAUGAAGUCAUGUGUCUUUUCGUCUGCAUUUCCACAGAUGAAAAACUGGAAGAGACGAUACUUCAUGCUGGACGACAACGCAAUCAGUUAUUUUAAAUCAGACCUGGAGCGAGAGCCUCUCCGUGUAAUUCCCCUAAAGGAGGUUACUAAAGUCCAGGAGUGUAAGCAAAGUGAUUUGCUGAUGAGGGAUAACCUCUUUGAGCUCGUCACUACCUCAAGAACGUUUUAUAUUCAGACGGACAGUCCAGAGGAGAUGCACAACUGGAUCAAGGCCAUAUCCGGAGCGAUCGUAGCCCAGCGAGGCCCCGGCCGCUCCGCCGCUUCAAUGCGUCAGGCCAGAAGGUUCUCGAACCCUUGUAUUCCGAGGUAUACGUCCCGCAGUGGCGAACGCAGCACGAGCGCCGGGAACACCCCUCCAGCUUUUACUGCAGCGAACAAGGCCCCCCAGUCCCUCGCUCGCCCAUCUCCGCCGAGCUCCACUUCUCAGAGUGCCACUUCCCCGCGGGCCAUCAGCACGGCGUGGGACGAGCCGGACCUCCGCGGUCUCCUGCGGGGCAGCCCACGCAGCCGCCUGUCGCUCCAGGAGGCUCCCCGCCUUUUUUUCAAGUAAGCAGUAGCGAUACGGUCUCGCCCUGGGAGCGGAGGAACAGCGCAGAGGUUUGCCCACCCUCUCUUAACGACUCUGACGAUCUGCAAAUUACAGAGGUGUGAAUAUCUACGGCGGUAAAACAGCGACUAAAACGCACGCGCACACCUGAGUCGAGACGAGACGAAGCACAGACUGAUUGACAGAAUGACCACGGGUCUGCACGUGCAGGACAACGUGGACGCUGCGAUGGACUAGAGACGACCUAGCACAACACGCUGGAUCUGCCCUAAGGAUUAUGGGAUUCUGUGAUUAGUUCCCACUUUCCAGACUCCUCUUGAGGACGGCGGGUUUUCCCACACGUUACUAGUCCUAAUCAAAGCGUUUCAGAACUGAAGAAUACAAAUUUUAAAUGAAUGAAAUGAUAGAUCUGGGGGUUUUUCGUUUUUUUCCUCUUCACCUGCUUUCUCCUGGGGUGCAGUUUGGUUUUCUCCUGUCCCCCGUCAUCAUGUUUUCUCCCUCUUAAAUCAGUGUAUUGAAUUCCCCGCUCUGUCCAACUGAACUGUUUUAAAUCCUUUUAUCAUCCCUUUUUAAAGAAAGUAAACUAGAGAACACUGCUACCUGUAAGAUUUCUACGAAUUAUUUUGAAUUUAGAAGACGUAAUCGUUUAUUAUAUUUGAAGAUCUGUAUACACACACUGACUGUAAUAGUUAUAAGAGCUUUAUUUUAGAGCAGAACCGGUCAGGAAAUCGAAACGCGGAGAUGUUUUUCUCGUCAGGUUUAGUUGGUGGUGUAGAAUCCCGUUAUACACACUUGGGGAAACUUAUAUAGUGAAGAUGUCAUGUUCUGAGCGCAGAGGUUUUUAUUAGUACAGAUGUUUUCUUAAAGGAAUCUCAGACCUGCCAACCUUCAGGCGUUUUGCGUAUUUUUCUCUCUCGCUCUCUCUCUCUCUCUCCAGUAAAGCAGCUGAGAUGAUGAGCCAAUCAACAUAUGAAUCUGGAAUGAUUGACAGUUUUGAACUCUCUGAUAUUAACUGACUUAACCCAUGUAAGCCCCACCCCUUCCCUCAUCUCAUGUGCUUUUUGUUUUAAAUUCGUCGAUGAAAUCAAAUCUAUACGUGCGUGUGAUUUGGCUAACGUUAGACACGUGUAUAUAAUUAACAUCGCUUAAAUAUAUAUACGGUAGCCAUCUGAUUUCUAGAUUAGACCAGUGGGAUUGGCAGGUCUGGAAUUUUAAGGAAUGUUAGCGAGCAACCUGUAAGAAGCACUUUUCUUUAUGUUGACGUUAUGAAAUGAUGGACUACUUACCCCCAAAAAAUGUUAUGCUAACAACGAAUGAAAGCUACUAUAUUCUGCUUAGCAUAUUGUGAAUGAAAGCACACUAACUCCACACUAAUGUUACUCAUUGUUUUUGACGGUGUAUUCAUUUAGUAACCUCUCCAACUUGCCCAGUACCAACAGUCGAACUUUUUGUUGUUGUUGUUGUUGAUGUUGUUUUGUGAGGAUUAUUCUUGUAAAAAAAAAAAAAGAAAAGAAAAGGAAAAAGUUUUCCCUGAUGUUGUAUCGUGGAAACGUGACGUCUGUCGCUCUGCAUCGCGGUCACGUGUCGACUCGUUCGCCCGUAAAGGGCGCUGCACGAGUCUGACACUGUUCCGAGCCGUGUUAAGUGCACACUUUCCUUAUGACAACAAGCUAUUUUUGGUUUCUCCAGUUGUGUACCUGAUGUUUGUAAAUCGUGUGCGUUUAUUUAUUAUGUGAAAGAGUUUGAAGAUUAAAACUGACCAAUUUUAA